AGCAAAGUUCUGUCAUCUCUUCAGUUGCGACAAGAUGAGUGCUGAAGACUAUGGCUUAGAUGACGUAGAUGCGUUCCAUGCCGAAAAGGACAAGAUCCUCCUCAGUCAAGGGAUACAGCAGAGGGGCAGACGUUCUCAAUAUGACGACGAUGAGAGCGAUGAGCAAGUGAUGGAUAUUGACAGCGGCGACGAAGAUGAAGAUUCACAAGACGAAGAGUUCUUCGGUAAGAAGCACUCUGAUGAAGAGCUUGGUUCUGAAGAUGAAGGUGCCUGGGGUGAUAAGAAGAGUAAUUAUUAUGGUGCAGAUGACUUGGAGGAUGAGGAAGCUGCGAAGGAGAUUGAACAAGAAGCUCUUCGUCAGCAGAAGAAACAUCUGCAACAGUUGAACAUGGAUGACUAUGUUGAUGAAGAGAUGGAGUUGGAAUGGACCAAAUCUGCAAAGGAACACGAUUUUGGUGAUCUGAAAAAGCAAGAGUUGGAACAAGAAGAGACCGAUAUUGCAUCGAUGGAUGCAAAGACAAAAAAGAAAUAUUUGACAGCUUCACAUCCAGAGUUCAUCCCACUGGCGAAAGAGCUGGCUAAAUGGAAACCUGUUCUCGAUUCAUUGAGCAAGAAUUCAAAAGAUGAAGUAGUGGUUGCGAAAUACUUGGCCCUGAGUGCAUACCUUGGCGCUAUAUCAUCGUAUUUCGCUCUGUUCAGAGCAUUUUCACUCGAGGGUGAACCAUUUACAAUGAAAGACCAUGAGGUUAUGGAGUUAAUUCUUAGCUCGAAAGAAGUAUGGAGACAGGCUAAUGAGCUAGAAGAAGGCCAUGUGGAGCCUGAAGAAGCCGAGCAUCAAGAGGAAGAAGACGAGGAAGAGGAAUUCCACUCAUUCGAUGAAGAUAACCAGCAAUAUGAGAUCGAGGAAGAUUCAGAAGAUGCAAAAGAACUUGAUCAACAAGAAGAUGAAUCAUCAGAUAGUGAGCUUGAUAUUGAUAUAUCCAAACCUCGUGUCUUCAAACAGGCUAAGCAGCCAACCAUAUCUGAAGACUUUGCAGAGGGUGAGAUUGCAGAUGUGGAUGCAGAAGAGAAGAAAACUCGUAAGAAGACAUUGAGAUUCUACACUUCCAAAAUUGAUCAACAAGCACGUAAGAAGGAUGAGAAGUUCUCUGGUGAUCAAGAUAUUCCGUAUAAGGAACGUCUUUACCAACGUCAGCAAAGACUCAUCGAAGAAGCACGUCAACGUGGUCUUCAACAAGAUCAAGGUGCAGAGCUUGACGAUUACGAAUCAGAAGAUGAAAAGACUGUCUCACAGUCGAAUGGCCUGGAUGAUUCUUUAUACCAGCAGGUCAAAUCGUCAAGAGACGCUUCAAAGACCAAACGUCGUGAAGCUCAUGACUUGGCUGUGCGUGCUGCUAAGGAAGGUCGUCUUGCUGAACUCCAAGAAAACAUUGGUGAAGAUGGUAAACGUGCAGUGAAUUACCAGAUUUUGAAGAAUAAAGGUCUCACACCUCAUAGAAAGAAAGACAACAGAAACUCUCGUGUCAAGAAGAGAAAGAAAUACGAAAAGGCUCAAAAGAAACUCAAAUCUGUUAGAGCAGUAUUCGAACAACCAACGGGUGCUUAUGCUGGUGAAAAGACAGGUAUCAAGAAAAACCUUUCCAAAUCUGUCAAGUUCUAACCAUGUUUAUGUUUUUAUCUCGAUCAAUUACCUUCGAGGGCUUCCAUUCGUAGAGAAAUUCCCAAUCUGGGCAAUAGAUCUUCAACAGCUCGACCUUUUAUUUAAUGAUGACUUUGUACUUUCAUGUAAUCCUUUGAGAUCUUUUGGUAAUGGCGUUGAGAGUACAGCAUAGCUCUGCAUCAUGGAUGUAAGAAGCUACCUGCAGAUAGG